AUGGCCAGACCUUUGCGAGUCCUGGAGGAGCUGCUCAAUGAUGUGCGUGUUGGCCGUUUCCGCCCAGAUGAGACCAGGAGCGGAAGAUUCAGGGACGUGGUUCUGGAGGGUUGCACCAUGGACGAAUCCUUCGCGUCAACACCUUUCUCACUCGUUGGUGAAUGGGUCGAAGCCAGUGAGCCUUGUAACAAACCACGAGAAGUUGAGGUGACCAACCAGAGCCGAGAGUCUGCCGAAAUCAUUGAGGUCGACCCUGACAGCCCGAAGAGGGAAGAGGAGGACAAUGCAUCAUCAGAGGCGCCGGAUACAUCCACAAGCUCAGAUGAGAGUGCCGCUGUCCUCAGUGGGGCCAGGAGACCGCUGCGUGUUCCUACCGUGCCGGACUCUUUGAAGCUUGUGCAGCAUACGAAGCUUCGAACUUUGCAUUGCAUGGAGAAGGAACACCAGCUCAUCUUGUUGUGUGGUCGCAAAGCAGUGCCAGAAAGAUACGGCGUGGUGGAGGAGGUAACAGCAGGUGAUGUGACAGAGCCUGGCAAGACAUUGCCCUUCAUCGAGAAGCAGAGGAGGUUGAGAGCUCAGCAAACGCGCAUCACUGGAAUCAGUCAUAAACACGAGCAGCAGGCCUCUCAUGCUUUGAUUGAUGCAGCCUUCAACAUUCUUGAGACCGGUGCAGUUGUUUACCUGCCACCUUCGAAGUGUGGCUCGCGAGAUGCUGAAAUCCAGUCAGAAGCAAAGAACAAGCAGAAGCAGUUAUUGACUUUGGAGCAAGGAACUAUCAAGGCCACAGCCUCAGAUGCCCUGGUCUCUGUGGACAUUGGGACUGAGAUGAAAUUGAUGUACGCCCUUCAGCGUUUCAAAACCGCUCCAAAGCCUUUGAGGAGCGAUGCUUAUCCAGAUGGCCUACCCAACUUGACGGAGUCGGAGCAUCAAAGGGUGUCAGAGGCUAACAGAAGUUAUGCAGCGAUGUCGGAGCUUAUUUUUGCUUUGGUGGAAUUGGGAGUCAGCAUCAGCAUUGAAAACCCUCGCAACUCUUUGUUGUGGAAGACUUCCUUCUUAAAGCAUUUGUUGGGCAAGUUGCCAACCUACCAUGUUUGCACUUUUCACCAUUGCAUGCACGGGGGAAAGCGUGAUAAAGACACUGCUUGGUAUAGCUUCAACCCGCGUGAUCCGCAGAGGGAUUUGUUCGCGAGCUUGGCACUGAAGUGUAACAAACAACACCAACACGCGCCCUGGAAACCCUAUGUGGACGCCUCAGGGAAACGAAUUUUCCCAACAGCAGAUGAAGCCGCUUAUCCGCACUUGCUGUGUGAGCGCGUUGCAUACAUCUUGAGGACAGAGGCCACAAAGGCGGGCUUCAUUUUUCCCACUGACUUGCACCAACAGUUGGACCACACCAAUGUCAGUGCAAAACGCCAGCUGUUUACAACACAACCUAGAGGUCGUCGUCUCAGGCCGUUGGUCUCUGAGUUCUCGGGUUAUGUAACGGUGGUAACCUUGCCUGAUAGGUCCGAAUUUUUGGAGCAAACUCUUCGUACACUCCCCAAGGGAGCUCGCAUUUGUCAUCGGGUUCUCCAGCAGCGGGGGUGGAAUCGGGAUGACAUGGCACAGAAAUCACGCACUGUUGUCGUUGACGAGAGGUGUGGCACGGAUGGGCAAUGUGAAGUAGUGAACAUUGGCAUCCCAAGGGAACCCAGUGAGUUUAUACAAGAAGCCUUGAACAAGGGUCACCCUAGAGACAUCAUUGCAAACAUACGGGACGCCGAGCGGGACCUGCUUUUGAAUUUGGUGCAUCAACCUUGCUCUGUUCGUUUCCAAAAGCGUGCAGCCUUCAUGAAGAAAUGGCUUAAGAGAUCCUUGGAGCUGAAAGAAAGCGAGCAGAAGUUGCAUGAUUCCCUUGCGCCACACUUGGUCCCCAUCCUGAUGGGUAAACGGCUCUUGUUGUGGAAGGAGAUCUUGAUUGACCUUGCAUACUCUGACGUAGCCGUUAUCGAUGAUGUUGUAAAAGGGUUCGCAUUGACAGGUUGGGCGCCGCAAACUGGAGUGUUCCACAAGCAUGUUCGAAAGCCCAGUUUGACAACCCAGGAACUGCGGAAAAGAGCAGCCGGUUUGAAUGCGGCGGUCACGGGCUCGUUGGAAAACAGCACUGAAGGUCCGCAUGAUCAGUAUGCUUGGGACGAAACCAUGGAAGAGGUUCAGAAGGGGUGGCUCGGUGUUAGCGAUGGGUCGAGUGAAUGUGUCAUUGCCAAGCGUUUUCCUCUGGUGCAAGGAAGCAAAGUGCGAUUGAUCGAUGAUUUCUCGAUCUGUGGAGCCAAUUCUGCCUACGGUAUGACAGAGAAGCUUCGGGUUCAAAGCAUAGAUGAACUCACAGCUUACCUUGCCUACAUCCUUGACUCUACCGAAGGUGCUGCAUGCCCUGCUCUGGUAGGACGCACGUUUGAUCUUAAACAUGCUUACAAACAGUUUGGUGUGGAUGAGUGGCACAGCAAGUUUUUGAACAUCGCAGUGCGGAAACCCGGAGGCUCGUACGGCCUGUUCAAAGUCUACGCACUGCCGUUCGGAGCUUCAGGAAGCGUCACCAGUUUCCUCAGAGUUGCUUGCAGCAUCGCAUACAUUGGCACAUAUGGUUUGGACAUCACCUGGACUAGUUUCUUUGAUGACUUUACUGUACUGUGCACACAGGAGGAGGCUGAUAACGUCGGAUGGUACGUUGAGUCAUUGUUUAAAUUGCUUGGAGUCGAAUACGCCGCCACAGGUGACAAAGCUCCACCCUUCCAAAGUGCUUUCAAGUCCUUGGGUUUGAUAAUAGAUGUCUCAACGGUCACUUCAGGAACCUUUUCGAUACAGCAUACCUCGAAGAGGCGUGACGAGUUGCUCAAUAGCUUACGCUCCAUUCUGAAGGCAGCAGCCGCUGCUCCAAAAGAGCUCGAACGAUUGCAUGGGAGACUAGUCUGGUUCAGCUCCUUCAUCUAUGGUAGGUUGAUGAAUGGCUUUGUUCGGACUUUAUCUGAAUUUUCUCGGGUUCGCACUAGCAGGGUCUUGGUCCAGGGUUCGCUGGCUGAAGCCUUGCAGGGUCUUGAGAAAUUGGUGGAGCAGUCCCAACCUGUGAGGGUUAGUCGAGCUUUGUGUUGGACUUGGCUAGUAUUCACCGAUGGAGCGUAUGAGAAAUCUGACCAGGGUUUCGGUAGUGUGGGAGGCGUUCUUGUCAGCCCGCACGGGACUUUGAUUGAACUUUUUGGAGAAAGAGUCAAUGCCGAGUUCUUGGAGAUCUUGCUGGGCACAUCAAAGCAUCCCAUAUAUGAGUUGGAAAUCCUGCCAGUCCUGAUGGCAGCUUCGCUCUGGGCUACCUACAUCGCUG